AUGUCCAAAGUGGGCGUCUCAGACGAUCCGGCCGCAGCAGUCGCGGCAUCCCGCUCCGAUGGCAAGACCCAUCUUCUACUAUGCGCCAGCGGCUCGGUUGCCACAAUCAAACUGCCCAACAUCAUCAAGGCCCUCGGCCACCACAAGAACCUCGCCAUCAGAGUCAUCCUCACGGCUUCGGCAACAGAGUUCCUGAACGGUUCAACAGAGGAGCAGCCCUCUCUUGCCGCAAUAAGAGCACUGCCGAAUGUUGAAGGCAUUCACUUGGACGCGGACGAGUGGGUGCAACCUUGGCGGCGGGGUUCGUCGAUUCUGCAUAUCGAGUUGCGGCGGUGGGCUGAUCUAAUGCUCAUCGCGCCACUCUCGGCAAACACGUUGGCUAAAAUCGUCAACGGCUUCUCAGACAACCUUCUGACGAGUGUGGUCCGAGCAUGGGAUGCGGAUGGGCUCAUCGACGGCCGGAAGAAGAAGAUCCUCGUGGCUACCGCGAUGAACUCGGCCAUGUAUGCGCAUCCCAUCACUGCAAAGCAGGUCAAGGUGCUCGAGGAGGAGUGGUCGUGGUUUGAGGUGUUGAGACCGAUUGAGAAGACGCUUGCUUGCGGUGACACGGGGGGCGGUGCGAUGAUGUCGUGGGAGGACAUAGUCAAGGUGACGGAGGCAAGGCUUGGCCUGUGA